AUGGACCGCGACGACGCCGCCUCCGUGUUCCAGCCUACGCGCGGCGCGGUGACCUCGUCCUCGCUCUCGACAUCAUCAUUGUCGUCCGCAUCGCCUCCCCCGGCGUCAACGUCUGCCUCGCCAACGGCGCCCACCACUACACCCGUUGCUGCCACGGCCGCGCCCCUCGCCCGCUCCGUCUCGCAGACGUCGGCGGCCUCGUCCACGCGCAGCCACCGCUCGAUACGACGAGGCGGCGGAGGCGGCAGCCGCCGCACCAGCAGCCGCGUGCCCACGCGCUCGUCGUCACAGAACCCGCAGCCGCACGCCGGAUCCAGCUCGGCCAGCGUGACUUCGGAGGACAACAAGUCGCUGACGUCGUUCCCGUCCUUUUCGCCCAAAGCGCCGUCAACCGCAUCGCCGCCGCUGUUGCCAACGCCGCAACGGCCUCGUCUGACUGGUCCGACGGCCUCGACGGCGUCGCUUGUCGACAGUCUGUUGGCCGACGACGGCCGGGCGCUCCUCCCCGUCACGGGCCCGUCCACGUCGACGGCCUCGACGUCGUCUGUCGCCGCUGCGGUCCCGCCAGCCGCGUCGUCGUCGUCGUCCGCCGCACGCAGCGCCCUCUUUGACGACAGCGACGCCCCCGCCAUCAACUACGGCGACCUGCACCUCGCCGACGACGCCCAUGUCGCCCGCCUCGUUGGCAGGCAUGGCGCCAUCGCUCUCGUGCGCCAGCUGGCCGAGGACCUGGCCCGCCGUGACACGCAGGUGGCCGCCCUGCGCGCCCGCGCCGCCGACCGCGAACGCUUCCUGCGCAAGAUCAUUCUGGAGUGCGGUCUGUCGAGUCUGGACCUGGCCACGCGCCUCCGCGCGCUCGAGCAGGAACAGGAGGCGCGCCUGGCUGCGGCGGCCGCCAACACGUCCAUCCCGGCGUCGCACGCCCGUCGCGUGUCCGAUCUGCUCGGCGACGCCAUGUCCGACGACCACAGCCCGCGGCAGGCCAGCAGCGACUACUACUACAACGACGCGACCAUUCGGGCGGCGUCGGCGGCGUUGGCGUCUUCGUCGUCAAGUGUGAAAACGAAAAACAAUGGAAACAACAAGACGGCCACGUCGGCCGGCACGACCAAGGGCUGGAAGGACUACCUCUGGGGCGGCACGACGAAGAAAGCCGGCAGCGGCAGUGGCAGCGCGCACACGCCUCCGACACAGCCAAGCACACAAAGGGGGACGGCGACCAUUCGUGUGACACCCGGUGGCGAGCGGCGGCCGACCAUUCGCGACGACCUCUUCCAACCGCCCACGGCACCGACCGACGCAGCGGAUCCCACAAAUGCCGCAACAGACGACAGCGCAAGGCCGACCCGCAGCACCAGCCGCGCGUCCAGUGUCGCCUCAGCCGCCACAUCGCAGUCGGGACGCAAGCCGUCCUUGGCGAGCCUCGCUCUGCGUCUUGUGGGCGGCGGCAGUGACACGCCGCAGGACUCUGGCGAAAGCACGUCCGCCUCGGCAGCCGCGUCGCUGCGUAACGCGUCAGGCGCUACCAACCGCCGACCUGGACCACCAUCCACCACUCUUGGUCGCUCAACGCGAGCCUCCACUCUCCAAAGUGGCAACAACAAUAACAGCAACAACAGCAACAACAGCAACAACAACAGCGGCAGCGUCGGGCCCAAGUCGCUCAUGGCCAUGCGCCGCUCCACGUCGUCCGCCGUCCUCAACGGUGCCGGGGCCGUGGCCGCACUCAAUGGCAGUGCCGCGCCUCAGGCCAUCCCGAGCCGCGGGGUCGGCGGUGCCGGAGCCGGCAGAAACAAGACCAAUGGCAACGGCCACAAGCACCAGGACAGCAGUGGCGGCGGCGGCAGCAGCAGCGGUGCCGCCAACGAGCGCUGGGGCGGUGAGAUGAUGGACGCCAGCCCGUCCAGCGACGGGGCCGCUAUGCGUAGGACGACCUACUUCCCCGUCGAGAUGGACACCAUCCUGCCGCUCGACGUCCAGCCGCCCACUCUGACCCACAUGUACAACCGCUACAACAGCUCGGGCCACUUGAUUGACCGCUUCGGCUUCAUCUACGACCAGCGCCGCAAGAAGCGCCAGCGGGAGGCCGCACAGGUCGCCCAAGUGGCGCGCCAUGCCAAACGCGGCAGCCGCCACUCGGAGAUGCUCGACACCGCGGGCGGGCGUGUCAGCCGCAACGGCCGUCCGUCACCACCACACGUUGGCGGCGGUGAUGACGACGAUGCAGUGGACACGGCGGUCCGCGUCCCCGACGAUGACCAGGCCAGCACGGGCGACGCCAGUUCGCUCAAGAACGACAACAUCAAUGACCACGACGCAGAUAGUACACACCGCCCGCCCAGUGUGAACUUGGCCUCCACGCCAGGACCCGACAAGGACUCUCAGACGUCUGCUGCGCCCGGCGGUGUUCCGAAGCGCUGGCAGGAUUACCUCAAGAUCGCCACCUUCCCGACCGAGCUUCUCUCUCACACGCCCGCCAUGAACGACACGCGCAUCGAGGUCAUUACGGAAGACGGCAGCAGCACGGUGUCUGGCGAUGUCUCGGGUGACGCGGCCGGGCCCAAGUCGCCGGGCUUUAUCACCUCGGACGGUCGCGGCUUUGUGCCGCCGUCGACAGGCGCCAUGGCAGCCGCCACGACAGCGGCCACGACGACAAACACGACCGCCGGCGCGGCCGCUGUCGCCCUCGACACGGACUCCAUCGCAUCGAGCACCAACACCACCGACACGGCUGCCGACCAAAAGAAGCUCACAAAGAAACGGCCUCCACUGUCGUCGCAGGCGCCGCCAACGCCCGCCAAAGAAGACGUCGAGCCCGUUCGUCUCCUGCUUCAGCAACUCAGCGAACUGCAUGAUGCACUCCAAAAAGAGCGCACCGUCCGCUGGAACGAGUUCCUGCGCAAAGUUCGCGCCGAGCGCCGCCGCGAGGGCGAGAUGAUGGCCUUGGCGGCCGCCGAGAACAUCCACAGCGGCAGCGGCAGCAACGGCGGCGGCGCCAAAGCGACCAUGGCGAUGACCCGGGCCAGCAUGCCCGAGACGCGCCUAGCCGACGGCGAGAUUGUCGGCGUCGCUGGCCUCGGCAACAAGGGCAAGCUCGGCCGCGCCAAGUGGAACGAGUUUCGAGCGCUGGUCCUGGGCGGCAUCCCCGUCCUUUUGCGCGCCAAGGUCUGGUCCGAGUGCACGGGCGCCACCAGCCUGCGCGUCCCCGGCGCCUACGACGACUUGGUCGCGGGCCGUGAUCCGGCCGCCGAUGCCGAGGACCCCGACGUCGUCGCCCAGAUCCAGGCCGACAUCCACCGCACGCUGACCGACAACAUCUUCUUUCGCGAGGGCCCCGGCACCGCCAAGCUCAACGAGGUGCUCCUGGCCUAUGCCCGGCGCAACCCGGACGUCGGCUACUGCCAGGGCAUGAACCUGAUUGCGGCCAACCUGCUGCUCGUCACCCCCUCGGCCGAAGACGCCUUUUGGCUGCUCGCCAGCAUCGUCGAGACCAUCCUGCCCGUCGGCUACUACGACCACUCCCUCGCGGCCAGCCGCGCCGACCAGCAGGUCCUGCGCGCGUACGUCGCCGACGUGCUGCCGCGCUUGUCGGCGCACUUUGACGCGCUGUCGAUUGACCUCGAGACCAUGACCUUCCAGUGGUUCCUGUCCGUCUUCACCGACUGCCUGUCGGCCGAGGUGCUGUUCCGCGUCUGGGACGUCGUCUUUUGCUUGAAUGACGGCAGCGUCUUCCUCUUCCAGGUCGCCCUCGCCCUGCUCAAGCUCAACGAGGCCGCCCUGCUGCGCUGCGAGACCCCCGCCGAGAUCUACACCUACAUCAACCACCAAAUGACCAACCACGCCAUCAGCAUCGACGGCCUCGUCCAGGCGUCCGAGGCGCUGCGCAAGCUGGUGCGCCGCGAGGACGUCGAGGCCCGUCGGGCCGCGGCCAUGGACGCCGAGCGCGCACUCGUGGCCGCCCGCGCGGCCGCCGUGGCCGAAGCCAAGGCGUCGCGGCAGCAAAAGCUGGCUGCCCGAGACGUGGCGGCGGCCGCCGCGGCUACGGAGACGGCAGUGACAACGCCAGUCGACGCGGGACCAACCGACUAG